AACAAAGAAAUUGAAAAAAAAAAAAAACAAAGAAAUUGAAAACCUCGGAAGAAUUGAGCAACUGAGCUUUGAUAUCGAAACGCGAAAAUGUCAGCAAUCGCCGGCGAAUCAUCGGGAGAAUUUCCGACGGAAAAUCCGACAAACGAUAAAGUAGCGGAGAAUAUUCCAUGGGCAGACUACGCUUUGCAGCAAGCACAAAUUGCGCAGAAGACCGUCGAGACCACCCUAGAGAAUGCAAUCGAAGUCACCAGAUCGCGCGUUGAUCGCAUCCUCACCACAUCGUCCGCACAUUUCAAUCAAACCAUUGACUCUCUGCAGGAUUUAAAGUCUGAGUUUAGCACAUAUGAGGAUAUUGCUUUUGCGAAGAUUAAGGAGGGUUUUCUUCUUGCCUAUUCGCACCCUUUGAUUGUGACUGGAGCUGUUGUCGGUGUGGGAUCCCUGGGUCUGAAAAGAACCAGACAGUUUUUAUCCUACAAGACAAUGCGUAUCUUUUUCAAUGAUCAGACAUUGCUUUCUAGAGCUGAUGCAAGAGUCAAGGAGUUGAGGCAAUCAAUUGAGCUUUUGAAGGGCGAAGUGAAAAAAAGGGCAUUGCAAGCUGAAGAAGACUUGGUCAGAGGGAGGACAAAACUCAGGCAAGCUGGAAAGCAAAUACAAGGUGUCAUAAGCUCCGCUUAUAAGAUAGAAAGGCAAGCAAGAGGCUUGAAGGAUGCUCUUAGUGAAUUCCCAAGUAGAGAAGCAUCUCGAUUUCAAACAGAAGUUGCGAACCUUGCUAAAGAGGCAAAGAAAGAAAGGAAUGCUCUGUCCAAGGAGGUUGCAAAGAUCAGCAACCAUGGAAUCUCAGUCUGAAUCUCACCACUUUUUGCUCUUUCUUCGAUGGUUAUAAAGUCUGCGUUAUCUGUAUUUCUCAGAUAAAUUGAGUUGGUAAGUUUUCGGCGUUGAAUAAAAUUUCACAUCAAAGCUGUGGCUCAGAAAAUUUCUGUUGAACAAGUACAGCUAAAAUCAAAAGUAACAUGCUAACUCCGGCCAUGUUUCCCAUUUCCUCCCAUGCCAAAAUGGCCCUGUUUUCCAUUUCUUUCAAAGGAAGUCACUCAUGCGCCACGAUGUCUAAAUCUUCAUCGUGUUUGUGUGCUUUUUUGCUUAAAGUUCUGAGUUUCACAUUAGAUAAAUCUUCAGGGCGCUAAUUGCUACGUUUAUCAAUUUUUACAGUGCAGUUGUUGCAU